AAGUGACGCAAGCUCACUCGUGCGCCUCACGUACCACGCAUUUUUACUCACAAAACGCACCAACUACACCGGAAAACGUGUGUUUCUGACCAAAAAAUCACGAUUCUCACUCUCUUAUCACUGUUUGAUAUCGUCAAAUUCGUCGUUGAUAAAUCCGUGCUCCUUACGCAUCGGGUAUCGUCGCGUGCGGGAUAAGGACGGAAGGUCCAAGUUUUAGGUGUGGUUAAGAAAAAUUAUGUCGAUGUCGGUGCAGCGAUCAGUGUUCGUCGGCACACCUGACGUGCGGCCGCGCGAUCGAUAACGUCACGGCGCGACUCUACGCGGCACUGGCCCGUUUAAAUUUCGAACGCUACGAAUUCCGGGACGCCAAUCGGCGGCGCGCGAGGCCUUUGAUCCCUCCGACAUAGUGAUGUGUGUGAUGUAAAACAAUCUGUAUUGUUAUCGAUAGACACGGUGAUCGUGACAAACAUGAUGACUAUGGACGUCGGGAUGUACAAUAACCAGCAGAACGGGUACGGUGGCGCCGAGUAUUAUCAGCAGGGAGCGGCUUAUCAACCACCUUACGAGAGCUAUCAUGAGGGCUACUACGAACCCACGUCGCACUACUACGAGCCGCUGUUGCACGGUCAGACGACCCACGAGCACCCACCGACACCCGUCAUCAGUACCGACACUGGGUUAUGUUACACUAACUUGGACUACGGGGAGCUGCAGCCGAACUACCCGCUGCACGCGCUGCCUCCGCACGCCGAGCCCUUCAAGCACCGAGAUGAGGUGCCGAGGCCCGAGGAGAUGCACAUGCACGACCACAAACUUGACAACCAUUACCUGGAGACGAAAUACAACAUGCACUUCGUUGACGAGACUAGCAUGCAGUACAACCACGCGGGGUCACCGCUGCCGUGCGCGGAGUUUGACCAUUACCAGCCCAAGGACGAGUACGGGGGGCUGCGGGAGUUCCCGCGGGAGGGGGAGGCGCAGGCGCACGGUCACAUGACCGGACACCAGGCUCAUCCCUCGCACGCCACCGUCCCCACUUACAAGUGGAUGCAAGUCAAAAGGAAUGUCCCGAAACCUGCCGCUCCGAAGUUGAUGAUUCCACCGACGGAAUUCGUGAGCCAAGGCGUGAUCGGCAGCCCGCAGGAUGGCAUGCGCACCCCCACCGGUAGCCAGAUGCUCGCCAAUCCGCUCCUCAACCUCAACAACACCGGCCGAACCAACUUCACCAACAAACAGCUCACGGAACUAGAGAAAGAAUUCCACUUCAACAAAUACCUCACGCGAGCGAGGAGAAUAGAAAUAGCCUCCGCCCUGCAGCUCAACGAGACUCAAGUCAAAAUAUGGUUCCAGAAUAGAAGAAUGAAACAAAAAAAGCGGAUCAAAGAAGGACUCAUCGUCGCGCCAGAAGUGACCCCGAGUUCGUCGACGCAGACCAGCGCGGUGGGAUCGAACGAGAACAGCCGGGAGUCCAGCUAAAGUGUUUACAGACAUUCAAACGGACUGUGGAUUUUGUAUGAGUGCAGAACUGUUCAUUGCUGUUUAGAAUUCCUUCAAUGUUCAAACGCUUUCUAUAACGCGCUACACUUUACUCGCUCAAUAACGUUACUAGUAAAGAAAACAUUGAUGAUUGGAAUUCUCCGUCGUAGGUUCUUGUUAAAGUCAUAAGAAAAUUCCUGGUGAAAGCUAAUUCUUAGGCAACUUCGAUUGCUAGAAUAUCUUUCUAAUGGAAAGAUAAGGAAGUAUAUUAGCGGGUGAAAGAGACCAAGCUAUACCGAUAUAGUGGCAUCCCUUUCAUUAUAGGUUGAAUUCCAAACGAAAACAUACGAAAUAACAACCAGUAGCGGUAUUCAAAUUGUAAAUGAUGUAUCUAAAUAAUUUAUGGUUUUAUAGAAUACGUAUUUAAGAAAUCCCUAGAAUUAUGAAAAUUAAAUAAAAAUAAUAGAAAUCAAAAAUGUGUCAACGUACAGUGGAUAAUUAGAUUAAGUUGUACAUUUUGAAUAGUGUUUAGUAUCGCUGCGAGAUUUUUGUAGGAUUGCUUCUGUCAUGAUUCGUUUUUGAUACCGAUUUUAUUGCAUUAUUAGGAUGUAUAAGUGAUUUUGGUAUGUUUUUUCUAUUUAUUUUUUUAAUUAUUCUUAGACCAAAGCUCAUUUAUAUUAUAUCAACGACGACUGUUACAGUUUCAUAUCGACUAAUGUACUAGAUUUCAUAUUUUUAAUAUAUUCCAAGAAACAAAUUCUCUGAAUUUCAUUUUAUAAAAUUUUUAUUCUUCCUGGCUGUAUAUUCUCUUGCCUUAACUUGUGUACCUAAACAUACCUUCAUAGAGAUAACCUAUUGCCAACGUUUAGCAAAAUAUACAAAUUAGAACAAGUCAUUACUUAGCUUUUUCUACUUUGCUGUACUGAAAAAAAUAUUUUAAUAAGAAUUAGUCUACAGAAGUUUUAUUUUCCACAUAAUUGUCAAUCAUAAAAAAAAUCUUGACAAGUCAUUAAAGGAUGGCAACAUUCCACACCGCCAUAUUGUUUGCAACGUAUAUUUUGCUAAAUGUUGUUUCGUAAAGUGACGCGUCGAAGAACUAGUCUUUUGUUAUUACCUGUGUACAAAAUUGGACAUUGUGUAUAUAGUAGUGUGCAUCCAGUUCGUGUACAUUCCUUAUUAGGUAACAAACUUUAUUAUUAAAUAAACUAACGUAUCUAUUUUCGAA